AUGGCUAUCCAACUACAGCGCCAGGCACAGAGCUUGAAAUGCGAGCAAUGCGGACUCCCUGCCGUGAGCUUAUCCACAAGCCCAAGCUCCAAUGAUGCUGGCAGUCAGGCAUACUACAAAUGUGUCCCAUGCAAUCGCUUCUUAGGCCCUUGCCCUCGCAACACGUCAGGAGCUAGUCAGUGUGGUGACAGUGAUUCCGAAUCAUCAGGUUCGGAGGACCAUGUGCCUCGCGGUCUCCCCAUCCUUUCUACGAAGAAGCAAAAAUCCAACCUACACAACCCGGCUCCGGAGUUCGAUGAGGACUGGGAGGCGAAUUGCAGUCCAGGCUUCAUGGUCUCGAGAUUCAAGGCGCAAGGUAGGGAAGUGCUUCUCUGGCCUUGA